CUCAUUGCCGACUGUUUGGUGUCCCGUUCGCGAAAUAACUUGUCUUUUAAUCGCAACAGCAGAAAUCUGCGGGAUUGCGUACGUUAUAAAGUCGUCCUAAAAUGUGAAUUAGUUUCCUGCAAGCUAAGGAGUUCUUGAAUCAAUGCAUUCCAAGCCAGCAUGGCGACCAUAAGUUUCUGCAAUAGAAGAUAUUUCCGACUGUGGCCAGUGCUCAUACUUCUCAGUGUGGCACUGCUGCUGGUUUGGAAGAACUUGCAGCAGGCUGAGAAACUAGCCAAAUCUUCAAACAGCGGUGGGCAAAAAUCGUUAGGAUUUUCGCUGUCCAACGACACAACUCCACCAAGUUCUCCUGCAAACUUAUAUCUGCACAAUGAUCGGCAGCCCAAAGUCAUCCCGCGAGAGGAAUCCCCGCGCACCAAGGAGCUGCAGUCAUUGCUGAAGUGCCGCAACCGAUCGCUCCGUUUCCAGAGGCUGCAGCACGGAGACUUCUGGCUGCUCCAGAAUCUCGUGGUUGGACGCAAGAGUCGGGAGGUCGGCUGUGCCGAGUCCGUGACGUACACCACCAACGGGGAUUUCACGUUCUUCGAUAAUCUGGAAAUGGUGGUCUCACGUUGGCGUGCUCCAGUAAGUUUUGCCAUCCACACGCCCGGCUAUGAUCUGAACACCACACUGGAUGCCAUUCGGUAUGUGCGAAACUGUUUGCCGGAGAGCGACAGCAUCAAGGACUGGGUCUCAUUCCACGUGUACUUCCCGAACCGGCACAUGCCGGACUACGUACCAUAUGACGAGACUGAGGUCCUAUUUUACCCGCAUGUAUGCACGACGGUAUCGCCGCCCUACACACGAAUCCCUCCCACGGAAAGCUACAAGUCAAGGGCCAACCUCACCUACCCCAUCAAUGUGGGCAGGAAUAUAGCCAGGCAGGCGGCCAACACUCACUUCAUCUUCGCCUGCGACAUCGAGCUGUAUCCCAGUGUGGGCUUCGUGGACCAAUUCCUGGACAUGGUGGCCAGGAAUCACAGUGUCCUGGCCCUGGACCCCAGGCAGCGGAGAAGGGUCUAUCCUCUGCCCGUUUUCGAGAUCGAGACUGGUGUCCAAGUGCCGGUGGACAAGGAAGAAUUGCUGGCCCUCUAUCGCAAGCAGCAGGCUCAGGUGUUCCACCUGAAGCUUUGCCCCACAUGCCAUACGAUUCCGGGCCAAGAAGAGUGGCUCAACCGCACCUCCAAGGCCGAUGACCAGCUGCACGUGUUCAGCCAGACGCUCCGGAAACGGAAGUUCCGCGCCUGGGAGCCCUUCUACGUAAGCGACAACACGGAGCCACUGUUCGACGAACGCGUCACCUGGGAGGGUCAGUCCAACAAGCGCAUACAGGUGAGUAACUACUGUAGUGAAGGUUCCGAUUCAGAGUGCCACAUUUUAUUGCAGAACUACGCCAUGUGUCUUUUGGACUACGAAUACCACGUCUUGAGUCCAGCAUUUCUUGUGCACAGUCCUGGCAUCAAGAAAUCCAGCGAAAGAGACCCUACUCGUCUUCAAUACGCCAAGGAAAUGACCAAAUUCAUCAAGGCCAAAAUCGAACCCGAAUAUAAAGUGCUCUUCGGAACGAACUCAGCCUGCAGGACGUGACAUUUCUUUAACAAUGGAAAACGCUUAGAAAACCCAGAUGUUUGUAACUUAUGAAUAUAUGCCCCAUCUAAGCUAGGAUCUAUACAAAUAUGGUAUUACACGAUUUUACUAAAACCAAAUAGUAUGUAAGUACACCGAAUUUAUUUUGGAUUUAAUGCUCACUGCUUGUCAUCCAAUGAAUGUGAACAUAUGUGUCAAUGAGACCUCUGUUUCAUGUGUUAUGUAGUUG